GCGCCGCUCUAGACUCCUCCUACUCCCGAAACCCGGCGGCUGGCGCGGGAUGGAGACUGGGUGCUGGUUGCUGGGGGGCGAGUUCGAGGACUCGGUGUUCGAAGAGAGGCGGGAGCGGCGGCCUGGACUGCCGGCGUCCUAUUGCGCCAAGCGCUGCGAGCCGCAGUGGUUUUAUGAAGAAACGGGGAGCAGUGAUGAAGUUGAAGCUCUAACUCUGAAGAAAUUCAAAGGGGACCUCGCCUACAGACGGCAAGAGUAUCAGAAAGCACUGCAAGAGUACUCGAGUGUCUCUGAAAAACUGCCAUCUACAAAUUUUGCCAUGAAAAGGGAUGUCCAGGAAGGCCAGGCGCGGUGUCUGGUUCACCUGGGAAGGCACAUAGAAGCCCUGGAGAUCGCUGCAAACUUGGAAAAUAAAGCAACUAAUACAGACCAUUUAACCACUGUGCUCUACCUCCAAUUUGCUAUUUGUUCAAGUCUGCAGAACUUGGAGAAAACAAUCCUCUGCCUACAGAAACUGAUUUCUUUGCAUCCUUUUGAUCCUUGGAACUGGGGCAAAUUGGCGGAGGCUUACCUGAGUCUGGGGCCAGCUCUGUCAACAUUGUGUGCGUCAUCUCAAAAACAGGACAGUUUUACCUCCAGUGACAAAACCAUCAAAUCCUCCUUUACACACUCAGGAAAAGACUGUCUUUUGUGUUUUCCUGAAACGUUGCCUGAGAGCCCUGUGUUUUCUGGGGAAGCAAGCAGCAGUAAUAACCAGAAGAAUGAGAAAGCUCUGAAAAAUAUUCAGGACUGUGUGGCAGAAAAGAGAGAAGCAGUGUUGCUAGAGACUCAGAUGAAAGCGUGUGCCUCCUUUAUACGAACCAGGCUUUUGCUUCAGCUCACCCAGUCUCAGCAAACCUCGUUUGCUUUGGAGAGGAAUUUAAGGACUCAGCAGGAAAUUGCAGAUAAAAUGAAAGAGUUCGGCUUCAAAGAAGACACUUUGCUGUUGAUAGCUGAGUGAGGGAGAAGGACUUGCAGAUGCAGUCUUGCCAACAGAAGAUGCUCUUUGAUUUAAGAAGGUUGACCGGGCGCUCUCUCUAGGCUGAUAGCUGCCACAUCAGUAGUUCAGUGAUUUGUUCACUCGGGAAGACAAGAGGAGAAAUACAGGGUAUUUUACACAUGUGGUCCUUGGAUUGCUACUUCUAAACAAACAGCUUUUCAAUAUGUUGGAAUUGUUGGAAUUGUCCCCUGGCUGCUAAAGUAUUCUGCUUUUUUUGGUAUGAAAUCCUUUACUCUUGAUGAAUAGCAUAGUCUUCCAUUCUGCGCACGCUGCCCCUUUUAUUGGGACAGGUUUUUGGUUUUUUUUUUUCCCUCCUGCUACAGGUUAUGGGAGAAGAUAUCGUCCCAGAAAAAAUAAAAGAUGAGGUUCACACAGAGGUGAAGUGUGUUGGCCCUACAGCCCUGACUGCCUUGGUGAUUGCAUCUUCGAAAGAAUUUGAAGACAAAUGGUUCAGAAAGAUCAAAGA